AUUUCUGCAAAGAGUACAGCAUGAAUAUGAAAUCGAGACAUGACGCUGACAUUGCGCUGGCCCUAAGUAACAUUGCUAAAGCACAAGAAAAACAACAAAGACAUUAUGCUAAAAGAAAGACUUCUAAAUAUGGGGAAAUAACAUUUGAAGUUGGGGACUCUGUUCUGUUACUGAAUGCUAGACAGAGAACAAGAAAAGGAGGAGUAUUGGAAUCUAAAUAUCGGGGACCAUACAAAAUUAUGAGUGUUGAAGGUAAGAGAGUGAAAUUACAAACCAUCUCAGGGAAACAGUUAGGAACCAUGUACAGUAUUGCACACUUAAAACCAGUAAAAGAGCCAACAACAUUAGCUGCUGAAAGCACAUCAGAGGGAAAAACUGGAACUGAAAUUGGAGUUGGUGACACUGAACCAGAAACACCCACGGAAGAGAUUAGAGAAGUGGAUGGCACUGUAUCUCAUGACAGCAAAGUGGAAAACAUAGAGGUCACAGCAAUAGAAAAAGAGGAAUAUAUAGGGCAAGAUGUGUCAAACAAUGAUACAAGUGAUGCUGAUGACAGUUUUGAUGACAUGCUUACAGAGGAAGUGGAAGACAAGCAAUGGCUUCUGAAAGUAAAAUUGGUAAUGACCAGCAAACACACAGAGAGACUGGAGGCCAAAGUGAGAAACAUAAAAUUGUAUGGCUCUUCAUUUCAUUGCCUGAAACCGAGAAGCUGGAUAAGUGAUGAGGUUAUUGAUGCAUUUUUGAACUGUGUAGUUGAGAAAGCAGAUGGAAAGGUACAAGCCAUCUCAUCAGUAGUUUCCACUGUCAUUCUCUCAGGCAGAGCUACACAAAUGAAAGUGAAGAGUGAAUUACUUCAAAAUGAUAUAUUAUUGCUUCCUUACCACACACCAGGUCAUUGGGUUCUUGUGAUAGCCUUGAUGAAAAAAAAGGAAUUGUUAAUAAUUGACCCCUUGUGUGAUGAGAUCAGAUAUGAAAGAACAUGCCUGAGGAAUUGGAGAAACUUCAUCAAACGAUUAACUAGUAAAUCCUCAUCUGAUUGGAACAGUAAAAUUGUGCAGCAUCCCAGACAAAGUGAUGGCCACAGCUGUGGACCACUCAUCUUAAAGUUUGCAGAAACAUAUUUGCAGCACAAAGACAUCAGUACAGUGGAAACAACACAGAAGGCUAAUACUGCGUUUAGAAGACAUAUAGCAAUUCUUCUAAUGAAGGAGUCAGCGUGGAGGACUACUGCAUAUACUGCAACCUUAUUGACUGUGAAAAAGAAAGUGAGGAUUGCACGAUGGUCCAGUGUGAUUCUUGCAAGAGGUGGGCACAUAUACCAUGCAUUACAGAAGGAACCAAUCAAGAAAACCUCACAUGUGAGAAGAAAGAGUACAAAUGCAAGACAUGUGCAUAGUUCACUUCAUUACCAAAAAAAAAAAAAAGCAAUAAAGAAAACCCAUUGUUUAACUGCCUCUUGUUCAAAACAUAAUGCAACCCAAAGAAAUAUAUUUCUAUGUAUACAUCAGAUUAUAAUAAAUGUUUUUGAUGUUAAAUAAAUUAUUCUCUGUAUUUCUGUCCAUAUAUAUGAUGCAAACUAUAAAAUUGUAAAAGUAAUUUUAAAAAAUGAAAGUGGUGUCAUCAUAGGCGUGCUCCAUACCCCCAAACCUUACCUCCCUUUUCACGUAUUCAUACACAAAAAAGCGAAAGAGCGUACCUCAAUCAUCCAAUAGGUCAAUUUGGCACAUUAGCCAGGAGGAAGCAGAUCCUGAGUGUUUUCGACCACAGACUCCAUCCCUCCCGAUUUGCAACCAUCUCCGGACCAGUGACAGGUGCAUAGGCAGCCAUGUCAUUGGAACUAAGCAAGGAGGAAGCCAGUGGAAACAAUGAAAGGGGCCACUCUGGUUAUCACCUUGGGGUCAGGAGUGUGCCCUGUACCCCCAAACCUUACUUCCCUUUACACGUAUUCACACACAAAAAAGCGAAAGAGCAUGCCUCGAUCAUCCAAUAGGUCAAUUUGGCACAUUAGCCAGGAAGAAGCAGAUCCUGAGUAUUUUCGACCACAAACUCCAUCCCUCCCGAUUUGCAACCCCAUGGACCAGGCGGAGGAAGCAGAUCGUGAGUGUUUUCAACCACAAACUCCAUCCCUCCCGAUCUGCAACCCCAUGGACCAGGCGGCAGCAAUUCCUGAGCAGGAGCACAGAUAGUUUCCUUAUGUGACAGAAACUGCAGCUAGUU